UUUACGCAUUCUUUUGUUAUAGAACAUAUAACGCCGCUAGGCAGAGUGGUGAAAUUUAAUGUUUUUAAGCCGAGUAGAUAAGUGCACUAAGGAAUUAUUCAUUCUCCACCUAUGAUUCUGUGAUUUAUGCAGGGAAAUUUGCAUAUACUUGCGGAGAACGAGCAAGUACUGUACAGUUAGUUGGUCCUAUCAUAGAGAUAUCGAGUAAACGUUUGAUAGACGAUGCAGUUUGAGAUGUUUUCCACGUUAUUGAUAUUGGCCGUCAGCACUGGUCAUUUAGCGCAUGCUUUAGAUUUCAAAGUUGUCGACUUAACCCAUGAACAGAAUCCAAGCACGAUAUACUGGCCGGGAAACCCGAAUUAUAACUUCACUAUCCUAUUCCGGAACCGGACUUCCAAAGGAUAUUGGUAUGAGUCAAAUACGUUUCAAACAGCGGAGCACGGAGGGACGCAUCUGGACUCGCCUGCACAUUUUGCCGAGGGGAAAAAAAGGCAGCAUCAGAUACCAAUGGAGAAGCUAGUAGGACCUGGAGUUAUUGUAAAUGUUAAGGCAAAGUCAGCCGAGAAUCCAGAUUACAGAGUUACCAUUGAUGAUCUACGAGCUUGGGAAUCCAAAUACAACAGACUUCCAAAAGGGGCAGUUAUAAUAAUGAACUCUGGAUGGUCUUUAAAGUAUCCAAACAAAACGCUUACGUUUGGAACUGAGACACCAGAUGAUGCCAGCACCUUCCAUUUUCCUGGCUGGCACGAGGACACGGUUAAUUGGUUGAUUAAAAAUAGAGAUGUUAAUGUUGUCGGUGUAGACACGCCCUCUACUGAUUACGCCCAAUCGACGACAUUUCCUGUACACGUGGCUCUCGGUGAAGCAGAUAUUCCAGGAGUUGAGAAUGUCGCAAACUUGGACGAAAUCCCAGAAAGUGGGUCUAUCAUCUAUGUUGCAGCUAUUAAACUGUACGACGGCAGUGGAGGUCCAACAAGAGUGUUUGCUACGAUGGUAGAAGAUGGUAUGACUGGCCGCUCAUCUAAAUUGCUACUGAGCAGUGUUCUAUAUAUAUUGUCGGCUAUAAUUGUGUUUUCAGUGGAGUAAACAGUUGCUAUAUUAAUAGGCAUUUAAUUGUGAAAAAUAUAUACGUGCAGAAGACAUCGUGCACAUUUCAGUAAGAAACAGAUCUGCGCGCUAAUUCGCAUAAGAGAAUCCUCGAAAUACUGUUUUCAUAGAAACUGUAUCUAAAUGUUUACUUUUGAAUACUCAGAUCACAUAGUUAAAGGAACGGUGUUAUAAGAUAUCGUCAUUGUAUAUAUCAUGUAUAUGAAAUUUGUCCGUGAUCAUUUUUUGCUAAAUGUUAUCAUAUGUUAGUGACAGUAUCGAUGUUAACAAAGCCUUCAUUUAACCAAUGUAUAUGUUUCUAAUUUAGUAAUUGAAUAUCAAUAUCAUAUAUGCAUGACUAGUUUUAUUAUUACUAACAAUUACGUUUGGUUAUUUUCGUACAUGCUAAUCCAACGGAUGAACCGGACGUGUAAUUUAUAUCUAGCAGAUGUAUUACUGUCAUAAAUAAAUAACAUGGUCAAUGUGUACUGAAUGUGGCAAGCUACUGUCAGUGAGCUAAACAUCUGCAUAAUAUCUUGAGAUCAGACUAGUGACCUCUUGUAUAGCAGAAGAUCGCCAUUUGACCAAAUAUCUCAGUUACUUUAAAAAAAAAAGAAUCGUCGAGAGAGGGACCAUUUUCCCCUUCUUGAGGAACAAUGUCCGCCGUUACAUAACUGAAAUACAGUUUAAAAAAAAACGGUGUAAAACCAAAUACUAAAUAUAUAUAUAUUAAAUAACGUA